AUGAGAGCAGCUGUUGCAUUGCUCUAUACCCCAGUGUUUCUGUGGGCGGUUCAACGAGCAACAGCAAUUCCUGUUUUCAACAAUAUCAACGACUAUGAUUUACAAGGAAAUGCUUGCCCGUUACCACCACAACACGAUGUUGAAUGCCCUGUUCUCUGCGUUACCAACCAUGAUCUUUGUCCUUCGGCACUUGCACCUUCUUGCCCAAGUGGUCAGUCCUUUUGUAUGGAUGGCACUUGCCAAGAAUCUUGUGAGGGCAUCACCAACGCGUGUAUGUGCGAUAUGGAUGAUGCAACAGCUAAUGCAUACAACAAUUAUGUGCCAUGUAUGGCUGGUCACACGAUCAACAUUCAACACUACAACAAGACCCGAGGCACCGAACAAAUCCGAGAAACCUGUGCAUCAUCCAUCCAAUUGAAUGCUUCAGCAUCAGAUGUGGGUGUUUGGGGCAGCAAUGUCGAUACACCUUAUGUGUGGGCCGAAUGCCCUACCCCACCCGUUCCAUACUUUACUUUUCGAGAGCCUAUGUGGAUCGCCGUAUGGGCAAUCAUGGGUAUUGAGGCUGCAUUGCUUAUUCUUUGGCAUCUAUACAAGACCGGUCGAGAGUUUAAGUUCCAUCGUGCCAUGAAUGUUGCCUUGCCUUCUUCUGGCAACACUUCCAUCAAUGAAAAGAUUGCCGCUGCAGGUGCUGCUGCUGCUGUAGCUGCUGCUGCCGCCACCAAGGAUACCAAAGAUGAAAAAGCAAUGACCAAACAAGGUGAAGAACAAUGGGUCGAUAGCUCAGAGACCUCAUCUUUGCAAGACUCUGAACGACUUUUAUUCCGUGGCUUCAAUACGGAUUAUUUUGGCAUAUUUGUAUUUGGAUCGGUGGUCAUCAUCACCUUGUUGUUUGUUAUCUUUUUGGGGUGCAUUGUCAGUGAUUACUAUGGCAAUUUAGCCGGUACCGAGUUCGAGAUUUUCUUGGAGAGCGAGCUGUCAUCCAAGAUCUUUUGUGCCGUAUGGCACAUUGCAGCGGCUUGGUUCUUUGUUGUUCUCAUGUGCCGCAAGCGUAUUGUCAACUACUUCCGUAUUGAGAGCUAUGCCCAUAACUCAAGCUAUGUGCAAGUGGAGCGACGCCAAGAGGAACAAGUCUUUUUGGAUGAUGGCAAUCGCCUGAUUGCCAAACUCCGCGAGAUGGAACAGCGGAUUGUAAAGCGCUUCAAGAUGGAUAUCCUUGUUGAAACACACAAGAUCAAAUAUACAGCCAAUCAGCAACGCUAUUUCGAAUACCAAUGUAUGCGUUAUGUUUUCAACACUGAAAAGCACCGAUUUGAGCCAUAUGAGUUUGAUCUGGGAUCCACCAAUCGGAAGUUGCGUGAAUACGCUGGAGGAAUGACUAUGCAAGAUGCUUUGGCUCGCCAGGACAUGCUUGGAUCUAACAUUAUCAAGGUGCAUGUCCCCACCAUCCCUAUGGCAAUCGCACAAGAAUUUAGCUCGUUCUUGUACUUGUAUCAGGUCAUGUGCAUGUGGGUGUGGUACUAUUUUGGAUACUACAAGAUGGGUCUUGUCCAAACAUGCAUUAUUCUCGCCGCUGCUAUUGUCCGUGUCGUCUUACGCCUCCGUGCAGAAUAUCGUGUCAAGGCCAUGGCAGAGUAUGUGGAUAGCAUUUGUGUAUUGCGUGAUGGUGAAUGGAAGGAAGACGUAUCCACGGGUGAUCUUGUCCCUGGUGAUGUGUUUGAAAUCCGAGAAAAGACACAAGUGCCAUGCGACGCGGCUAUUUUAUCAGGCACGGUGGUUGUCAAUGAAUCGUCACUCACGGGAGAAGCCAUGCCGAUCCGUAAAUUUGCCUUGCAUAAUGACGACAGUGAAUAUGAUAUGAUGGGAUCAAGCAAGAACAACACCUUGUUUGCUGGUACACUUGUUUCCCAGGUGACGCCUACAUCGGAUGGCAAGGGCCGUGCGUAUGCAUUGGCGUUGCGUACGGGCAUCAGCAGUGAAAAGGGCAUGUUGAUCCACAAGAUUCUAUUCCCAUCACCUGUCAGCUUUAUCUUUAACGAGCACAUCAAGUUGGCUAUUUGCAUUCUAUUGGCAUGGGGUGGUGUUGCUUUUGCACUCACCUUGUGGUGGAUGGGUCGUGGUAAUAUCACAAGUUGGUUCUAUGGCGUCUUUAUCAUUUCCGAAAUCUUCUCGCCUUUGCUCCCUGCUUCUUUCACCAUCAACCAAUCGGUCUCGGCAGCUCGUCUUCGCGCUAAAAAGAUCCUAUGUCUCGAUUUGCCACGCAUCAAUCUCUCCGGCAAGGUGCGCAUCUUUUGCUUUGACAAGACCGGUACGCUUACCCGUGAAGGCCUUGAAUUCUAUGGAUCCGUUGCCACGCCAAACGACUUGACAGGUCACUUUCCUGAACGCAUUGAAGACUCCCUCAAAAUGGAACGCACAUUGGCCAUGGGCAUUGCAACUUGUCAUGCAGUGACAAAGGUCCACGAUCAGUAUAUCGGCAACCCUGUGGAUAUCGAGUCCUUCAACGCCAUGAAGUGGGAGUUACAGCCUCCUGCAGACGCAACAUACCUUGACACGUUAUUACCACCUCCAGCUGAUCCCAACGACAAGCCCGAGCCUGUUCAUGUCGUGCGUCGUUUUGAAUUCGUUCAUGCUCGUGCUUCUCAAUCCGUUGCUGUGCUUGAUCCAACCGACAACCACGUCCACGUGUUUUUGAAGGGUUCAUUUGAACGCGUCAAGAAUCUAUCCAUGCAAGAAAGUAUCCCUGCUGAAUACGAUCAAACGGCUGCCAAUUAUGCACGUGAAGGUUGCUAUGUUCUUGCACUCGCUCAUCGCGACUUGGGUGUGCUUGGUGAAGAUGUUUCUAUGGAUGCUAUCAAGGAAAUGACACGUGAUGAAUUGGAACAAGGAUGUCGCUUUGCAGGCUUUGUGCUCUUCCGUAACAUGCUCAAGGAUGAUACCACGGAUGCGAUUGCUGAACUCAAGGGUGGUGAUACGCGUGUUGUUAUGAUCACUGGUGAUACGGCUCUUACUGGUAUCUUUAUCGCUCGUCAAUGUGGUAUGAUUGAACCCAACCAACGCACGCUUCUUGGUGAUGUCGUCAAUGGUUCCGUUGUGUGGCAUGAUGUGGAUUCUGGUGCCGAAGAAGAUGUUGACACUGUACUUGCCGCUGAUCGUAACGAGGAACACAACAAGGCUGUUGAAUUAGCAGUGACCGGUCGUGCCUUUGAAAUGCUUAUCAGCCAAAACAAGAUGCGAAAGUACUUGCUGCAUACCCGUGUCUUUGCUCGUAUGACGCCCACUGACAAGGUACAAUGUGUGCGUUUGCAUAUGGAGAAUGGUGUCACGGCUAUGUGUGGUGAUGGUGGUAACGAUUGUGGUGCCUUACGUGCUGCACAUGUUGGUCUUGCUCUUUCCGAAGCCGAAGCAUCCAUUGUCUCGCCAUUCAGUACUAGCAACAGAUCUAUCAUGCAAUGUGUCGAGUUACUCAAACAAGGCCGCUCUGCUCUUGCAACCAGCUUUGCAAACUACAAGUUCUUGAUCUUUUAUGGUGAAUGCAUGGCAUGCUGGGAAUUGCUCAUGUUUUACUUUACGACGAUUGCUCCUCAACCUAUUUGGAUCACGAUUGAUGGUUUCAUUGUCACUUUUAUGACUUUUGCCAUUACUCAAGCACGUCCUGCUGGCAAGCUUGGUCCAUCACGUCCUUCAGCCAAACCUGUAGGUGUUGGUACCUUAUUGUCCAUUAUUGGUGUGGUCUUUAUCAACUUUUGGUUCAUUGUGUGCAGUGUUGUUUGGCUUUUCCAGCAAGAUUGGUUCGUCUGCAAUGAAUUUGAUAGUGCUACGAUUGAUUCAGCCCGUUGGUGGUUACUUGGUGAUAACUACGAGGCCGAGAUGAUUUCGCUGGUUAUCCUUUUCCAAUUCUUCAACAAUGCGGCGGUCGUCAAUUUUGGCUCAGUGUUUAGACAAUCAUGGUGGCGCAAUUACGUGCUGGUCGUGUUUUAUUGCUGCUUCUUUGUAAGCACAAGCUAUAUGAUGCUUGCUGAUCCCAAUCCUUAUGGAUGCAUUUUCCGAAUCAACUGUGGCACUCCUUCAGUUCUCGAGAGUAUUGGAUACCCUAAGCCUACAUGGUCCAUUGACGAAUACAACUCACCCCUCGGACAUAAUGUAUUGCCACAUGAGUUCCGUUGGAAGCUGUGGGGUUAUGUUAUUGGAAACUGCCUGGCUACUGUGAUCUGGGAGCGUGUCAUUGUUCUUGGCGUUUUGCGUAACUGGGCGAUCCGACGUAAUCGAACUCAUCCACCCAAGCAUCGCAUCAUGUUCAAGUUGUAA